UCAUGUGGAGCUGUAGGAUCUACAGUGCUGGCCGCUGUUAAAUGAUUUUAUCAAUUAGUAGUGGAAAGACCAGGACCACGGUCUUGAAUACUGCGUUGUGAUUGGUCCAAACGCAGAACUCGUAAUGUUCAGCGCUCCCAUAUAAACCCAUGCAGACUUGACAUCGGUUCUAUCUGUCAUGCAAGUCAAAAGGAUAGUGAGGAGUCCAAUGUAAAGAAAUUGCUGGCACUUGUAAUAGCCUACAUUUGUUCUGUUUUUCGUCGCUGCAGAAGCUUUUUUUUUUUUUUUUGGAGCGUUAUUCCUUAUGAUUUACACACAAAUCAGGAGGCGUCUCUUUACAUUUAGUUGUAUUAUCUGUGUUGAGAGGACGAUGCCUUUGAGGACCGGACUUUUCCUCCUGAUGGUGCUGAACGCAUCUGCAUAUGAACUGGAUCAAAACGAGUCUUAUUCGCCCAGGAGAGCACGCUUUUCUGCCAACAGCCCUUCAGAUGUGGCACGCUGUCUCAACAGUGCCCUCCAAGUUGGCUGCGGAGCCUUCGCCUGCCUGGAAAACUCAACUUGUGACACAGAUGGCAUGCAUGACAUCUGCAAGUCCUUCCUAUACAGUGCUGCUAAAUUUGACACUCAGGGUAAAGCAUUCGUGAAGGAGAGCCUUAAGUGCAUUGCCAAUGGCAUCACCUCGAAGGCAUUCCCCACCAUCCGCCGCUGCUCCACCUUCCAAAGAAUGAUAUCCGAAGUCCAAGAGGAGUGCUACAGCAAGCUGGAUAUCUGCACCGUUGCCCGAUCAAAUCCAGAUGCUAUUGGUGAAGUGGCACAGCUACCAAGUCACUUCCCAAAUAGGUUUUAUGGUAAGCUGCUACAGAGCCUGAUGGACUGCGAUGAGGACACGGUGGACCGCGUUAGGACCAGCAUGGUGUCGCGGCUGGGCCCAGAGAUGACCAUGCUUAUUCAGCUGCUGCAGAACAAGCCCUGCCCAUCCACUGCUGUGGCUGCAGCUGCCGCCAUCCCAACUGGAGUGGAGGGCCGUGGGAGCUGGCGCUGGUCCAUGGGUCCCCAUAUGUACAAGAUCCAGCCUAAUCUGCGAAACAGAGACUCUGCCAGUCAUUUUGGCAAAAAGCGCUCUGCCAGUGACAGCUCCUAACUUCCACUCAGAUUCAGAAACUCCACACACUCCUCAAAAACAUCAUGAAAGCUCCUCUAUUCCCUAGGGGUGAUAAAAUACAUUCCUCCGCUAGACUGGAAGUUACAGAAAUAUGCACCUCUAGGGAAUGCCGGAACGCCCAUAGAGUUGAUAUCAGAGUUUGAUUGUUGUUAUAUGUAUAUCCUACACUUUAGGCUUGAGAGAAUCCCCCCUUCCAUUGACUGUUUUCAAACGUGUCUGCUCACAGUUAGUGUUGAACAUGUGGCUGUUGCAUCUGUGCAACAUGGUCCUGCUCACUCCUCUUCGCCAUCCUCCAACAGAGAUGAAUCCUUAAGAUUUCUUUUGAUGCCAAGCGUGAAAAAAACUAUUAAAAAAGAAAAAAAAGAAAAGAAAGAAAACAGCCAUGGUGGUUCACGCCUUUAGAGCACAAGUUCAUACUUUAAAGGACAAAAAUCUCAUAAUCCAGACAUCUGUUCAUGAAUAGAAGUAGUUGGAUAAUUAUUAGUUCAUUGAUAGGAAUGGAAAAUUAUUGCUAGGUGUAUUUAAUAUUUGAGACCAAUCAAAUUGUGAGCAUGAGAUAUGACCUUUCAUAUUUAUUUUCCUAACAUAACAGUUAAAUGUACUGUACACUAAGUUAUCUGAGACAGCCAUAGCUAGCCCUCUACGAGAGAGAGCGCUCAUACAGAGUGAGGUCUGCAGAGGUUUUAUGAUAACCUUUGACCUUAAACUGACCAAAAAAAAAAAAAAAAAACUACAAACUGCCCUGAAUGCUAUUUAUGAUAUACCAAAAUAGUGUAUAGCUAUAGCACUUAUAAUUGUUUUUGUUGUGAUGGCAGGUGUAGCUGUGCACAGAUGGAUUGUCUAGGUCAUGGCCAAGUCUAACUAUCAGAAAACAAAAAAAAAGUCCAUUUUGCAUAUAUUGUAUCCAGACACUUGUAAUGCAUAUGACUGUUGAGCUCUGCAGUAUAUGUGGGACCAUGUUUAGUGGAAUCUGUAUCCAUGUUCUUAAGUGAGCGUGAAGCAGUAGUGUAUGUGCGGUGGCUGAUUAGCACGUUCACCGAUGAGACUGAGCGCAGCCAUCGUCUUGGACUGAUGAUCGUCAUUCUCUGAGGUGAAUAACGUGACAUACACACUGGCUUCCAGUGUCGAGAUUGAGAAAGACUAUUUAAAAAAAAAAAAAAAAAAAAAGCCUUGUUGGAAUGAUAUUUAUUUUCCUACUAUAUUAUUUAAUUUGUUUUUUUAUUAUUAUUAUUUUAAUGCAUUAUUGUAGUUUUGAUUACUUUACAGAUUUAACAAGCAGUUCAGUCAUGGCUCCUAUUUGAACAUGAGCUCUAUGCCAAAAAAAAAAGAGAGAGAGAGAAAAAGAAAGAGUGAGCUGACACUCUGGUGACUGAAUGGGACCCAUGUCAUGACUCUGUGCUGGCCAUAGGGGAACAAUGUUGGUCAUUCAUGUCAGGUAAUCCGCUUUAUGGGUGUUACAAGGGACCACAACAAAAACGAUAGCUUUCUGACACACGUUCUGGUUUGAAGAAAGGUUGUUAUUGCAGCUGCUGGAUGCGCUUGUUCAGUGCAGGGGGUUCGUGCACGUUAUUGAACACUGACCAGGUGUAAUCACAAUAAAACAAACACCAGCAUCCAUUAUCCUCAUAGGGAAGUUAUUUUAACGGCCCUGUCCUAGUUUGUGCAGGCUGAAAUUUAAUAGACGUUUCCAAAGUGGUAUGAUUGUUUGAGCUGCUGUUGCAAAGACCAGAUCGCUUACCAUUUUUCUUCAGAGCGUAACUCUGUGAAGAAAUGAUCAGCACCACUUUGGGAAUAAGAAAGAAUUUAAAUUGUCACAGUUUUGUACUGGAUCUGGGAGCAAGCAAAACAGACAAAUCAUGUUACAGUUUAAGUAACGUUAAGUAACUGCAGCAGAGGUUGGCGUCGGGAUGGCGGAGGAGUAAGGAAGAGGAGACAGGAAGCAGUCUAAAAGCAGAAGGUGUCAUUAUUCUAUAGCAAUUAUAAUGACAAAGUUAAGCAAAAACGUUGUCUAUUUCCAUUUAGAUUAGGUUAUAUUUAAAUACAUUCUGAUCGUAGCACUCUUGCAUUUCUUUCUUGUUAUUUUCUAUGUGUUUAUUUGGAUUUUUCUGACAUUAUACGGUAGAGAAAGAGAUAGGAAAGAUGCAAGAGAAGUGAGGACACGCAUCAUGGGAGCACAUAAUGUGGUAUCUGUGUAUGCUUUAGCCACUCAGUCGCAGUCUUUCUAUAAAGCCCCUGAAAUCUUCUCAUAACAUUCACUAUUAAUAUUAAUAUUUCAUGAUCCAAAACCACAGAUAAUCUGCUUAAUCAAGACUAUGUGGAUGCGGUUUGAUGAGGUUAAUUGAUGGAUUGAAAUUUUCCAUUUCCAUGUCAAACCACUGAAGAUGAGCACGGACAGAAAUCUCUCGUGUGUCCAUGUUACACCACAUCACUCAUAGUUGAUUCAGAAAAUAUGUUUUCGGGGCCUUGAAGAGAGUGAUGUGUUCCAGGAUCGACUAGAUUAAAGAGACCAAACAGUAUCUAGUUUGCGACUUAAUGAUGAAGAAAAAUGAGGCGGAAACUCAACAGAACCCAGUGUCUGAGGUCCAGAAGUUUCAUACACUUGGUUUACUGCACUAGCAGUAACAAGCAACACAAGUCAAAGUAAGAAAGCUACCAGUGUGCUGUUUUGCUUUUUGCUGGCUCAUUGGGAAACUCAGGUGUUAGGCUGUCUCAGUAGGUAAGAAGCUCGUGUUAGUUUGUGUGUAUUAGGGGAUUUGUAACUGUAUAUCAGCGUAACAAAAAGUCCCAGUAGACUUCAUUCAUUAAGAUCUCUCUCCGAAAAAACCACAGAUGAAAUCUGAACAUGUUUGCAGAUGAGACCGCAUGUUUCAUGGCCUUCAGAGAGGAUUAGUACAGAGCCACAGUCACUGAGAAGGGUCUUCAUGCUGGUGUUUGUUUUGUCUAUACCUGGGUAGAUAUAGAGGAUGGUGGUGUGGGAGUAACUUGCAAAUGUUUGUGCACAUAAAAAAAAAUGCAAUAUAAAGAUGAACUUGGAAGCAGGACUGGGUUCAGUUCACUAUUCAUUCAGAAAAAUACCCUUGAAACCAUUCAAAUCAGAUUUCAUAAUAAAAUUAUGAGGAAUUGUUCAGCGUAAGUGGUUCUGCUUGCCUGCCUGCUUGGUUUUGAUUAUAGUUUCUAUUUUGAUUUCAUGAAAAGAACUGAACCCAGUCCUCUCCUGAAAAAAAAGUGAAUUUAUAUAUUGUCCUGUAUAGAUAAAGAGAGAUUGAAGCACAGACCAGAGGAAAAAACAAAAACAAACAGAUGUCAGUGUCAAUCUAAUAGCUAUGUUAAGAAUUCCAAACUAUGCAAUAAUCUCACAUACAAAGGAUUCACAGCAACACAGAAAUUGACCUUUAUUUCAUUCAGUGCCAGCUGAUGCUGUGUGAAUAAAGCAGCAGCAUGUGUGCUCUCAUACUGCACUCACAGUGUGAAGGCAUUGCUCCUCUGCAUUGCUUUUCUGUUUCUGUGGUUCUUGUAAACUGGUGUUUCUUUUUGUUUGUUUGUUUUUGUUUUGUUUUGUUUCUUUCUUUUCUUUUUUUGUUCUGUGAAUAUGAUCAUUUUCUUUUGUGUCAUUUGGUGUGAAAGGACAGCAGUUCUGAAGGAAUCACUUGGGAAGUUAAGAGCUAUAGUCACACUGUAAUAUAUCCUAGCUUACUAUUUUAUGUUAAAUAUGCACUUUGCAUCUUAACCACUAUAAAGGGCAUUGAAACAUUCAGCACAUGUGCAAUUGAGACAUGUUUUAUUUACCCAGUGAAUGAAAAUCAGUUUGAAUAUUUCGCAUCCUGAAGGGUCAGGGCUUCUUCAUGUACUAUUGAUACAUAUGUCUGUAUCUUUGUUGUCCAUGGGUAAAUCCAAAACCCAACAGCUGCUGCUAAACUGUUACUUCCCUGUAUGAUGCUGUCCAGAUGCCCCUCUGCUGUGGCCGCUCCGAUCUGCCAACACACAGUGAGCUCAGCAUCAGUCCACAUUUACAUUUGAAACAUUUUAAUGUCCAUCCAUGUUCUUCAUAUUUAUUUUCUAUGAACACUCCUCGUGUCAAACAUAUUUGGCAAGGGCAAAUUGACUGUUUCCUCACCAAGUCAAAUGUAAUGGUAAUUUCAGAGAAUGUACCUGUAUACUGAAUGUCUGUUAACGACGAGGGCGUGCCCAAGUUUGGUGACCCAUGAAGGCUGUUUGGAAAAAAACAAAAGUGAGAAAAGUAUAAGUUUGCUUGCUUUUCGUUUUUUUUAAAUUCAAGCAUAUAGGGUGCUUAAGGUGGUACUGGAGCAUUAUUAAAUUGACCCAUGGUGAGUUUUGUGAAACUGUUUUUCUCCUGUCAACACUAGAGACUAAAGACUCCCUCACUUCUGGCACUUCAUGGUACUCUUUCCUCUCAAGACUUGAAAUAGAUUCAUAAAUGUUGUGCUUAAACAAAAUCAA